AUGUUUCCGUGGCUAUUUCCAUACGGGCUAGGGGCACCUGAAAAUCCUCUGGUGAAGACAGUCAUCGGUCGAGCUGCUCAUAUCCGCCAGUUGCUUUACUACGCUGAUCGACGUUUUCAGACGGACUACUACUUCCCGUUUAUUGUGUUUAAUCACCAGCAGAUCCGAGAGUCGACCCGUGGAGGCUACUUGUUGACUGAGCGUAACAACUUUCGCCAUGUUGCCGACUUGGUUUCGUCUGUGAAGCCCGAUGUUCUCCAGGGACUUGUCGAUCGUGGAAAGAAUGGGGAAGUCCUUCGGGCGGAGAAUGAGGACGAGCGACAUUGUUUUGAGCUAAUAUCGAUUCUUGACUAUGUUGCAGGGCAUGUCGACGGUUCGUCCGCUAAACGAAAGCAACAACGCAGCGAGAUCCAAAGCGUUAUCGUCGCUCUUAAUGUCCCUCUCUUUUUUGUGACAUUUUCUCCCGUGGACAUCAACCACCCACUGUGCCUUUACUAUUGUGGUCAGUCUAUCGAUUUGUUCGAUUCACACGGUGAAUAUCCGUCUUAUGCUGAGCGACUACGCUUGAUUGCUGAUAACCCUGUCGCCUGCGCUCGCUUCUUUCACUUUGUAGUAAAUGCAUUCGUAACAAUUAUUUUGCGUGUUGGAGCAGAUACCGAAGGUCUCUUCGGACGUAUAUCCGCAUACUACGGUACCGUUGAA